AUGAACCCCACAUCUGGCAGCGCAUUCGGAAGUGCAUUCGGUGGACAGGGCAUGGCCUUUGGAGGAGGAAACAGCGGCAACGCAAAUAACACCAACCCGAGUGGAAGCGCAUUCGCCAACACUGGACCUGGAGCAGGAGGAGGAGGAGGAGGAGGAGGAAGAGGAGGUAGCGCAUUCAAUAACGCCGGCGGCGCUCCUAGCGCGUUUGGGGCGUUUGCAGGCGGAAACAGUGGUGCAAGUGCCUUCAACAGCCAUAACAACAACACAGCAGGCGUCAGCGGAAUCCCAGGGACAGCCUUCAACAACGGUGGCGGUUUCAACUCGUAUAACCAGUCCGCGUCAGGUCAAAACCAGUUUGGAGCAGCUGAUGGUCAUUCUGACAAUUCUCGAGGACGGGGCAGAGGUCAAGGUGGUAACAACAGCUACAGAGGCGGACGUGGAGGAAGCAACCGAGGAAGCUCCAAUAUGACGUAUGUGGCACCAGGACUGUCGACCAGCCACGGUCAACAACAACAGCAGCAACACCAACCACAACACAGAUCGCACCUCUCAUCCGUCUUCACUGUAGGAUCACCAGGCGGAGAGUCUGAUCCGGCAUUCUCUGCAGCGGGAUCUAAUCGUGGUGGUGGUCGCGGAGGGUAUUCUGGCAGCCCCAGAGGACGUGGACGUGGUGGUGCAGCAGCUGGAGGAGUUCCAGGACAGUUCAGAUCGAUCCAAUGGCGUCCAGCUGAUGGCCCUCAGAGUGGUUCCGCCAACCAAGGAUUCGACUCUGCCAUGGCAAUGGAUAGCACUUCCGACAUUUCAAAUAGUGCAACGCCCUCCUCCGCCGUCAACACUUCAUCAUCCGGCAGUCCUGGAAGCUUACAGCAGCAUGCCGCCUUUUCUGCCUUUGGGGCUGCCGGCCACAAUAAUGCAGGAUUCGGGGGCGCCAACAAGAGCACAGCAUUCGGUGGUAAUAACCCGAGUGCAGGAUUCGUUAGCAGUAAUCAGAAUGAAGGGUUCGCUCUACAAACAGGAGCAGGGGCAGGGUCCGUAGGCUCGUCCUUCAACAAGCAAUGGACUCCAGCUGCCUCAUCUGCCACCCCUACGUCUGCGUUCCAAGGCAGCGGUUCAGGAGGCGCGUUUGGCAUCCAUACUUCCGUGCCAGCAGCAGGAAGAUCUACGACCUCCUCACCCAUCCCGUCCUCUGUAACUGCCAUCUCUACACCUGCGUUUCAGGGUAGCAGUUCUGGAAGCGCGUUCGGCACACAUACUUCUGCGUCAGCAUCAGGAAACUCUACAACUUCAUCCUUUUCGUCCGCUGUAACCGCACCACAAGGCCUGACGACGUCAACUUUCAGGAAGGGAGGGUUCGUUAGCAGCUCUCCAAGUAGUAAGGGCGACUCGGUCUUUGCGACUCCCACCUCUCGACCAGUCUCAUCACCAUCCGCAUCCCGUCCAAACCAGUCUGCAUUCACACCGCCAGCCAAGUCUUCACCCUUCAUGGACAGCUCUGCAUCCCAACAGAUCUCUGGCGGUACCGUGGAUUCAGACAGUCGAUUGACUCGAUUCUCCACGGAUACCAUUGAUGCCAAAGAAUUUGAAAAGCUGAAAGAAAAGCGUGAACUGGAACGAAAAGAUGCCAUCCGCGCAGGCCUGAUCCCGGACCCAGAUAAACCGCGACGACUGGAAGAUGCCAUCACCUUCGUCGGUACCUGCAUGGACAUGUGUCCAGAAUUCGAGCGCCACGAGCGGGAAUUCCAGCUUAACGUCGAAAAGUUCGAGAAGGUCCCAGGAACAGAGAAGAUUGACCACCUACGAGCUGUCAAGGCUUAUGCAAGACCCGCUGCAGGAAAGGAGCAACCUCUGCCAUCGGAUGUUCGCCCUCCUGCAGCCCUACUUUCGACACUCGACUAUCUUAUCAACCAAAUUGUCGGCGAGGAUGGCUUGGGCGACUCCCACUUUUUUGUGCGCGACCGAACACGUUCUAUCAGGCAAGACUUCACCCUGCAGAACAACAGAGGACUCGAGGCGAUUCAAGCACACGAGAUAAUCGCCCGUUAUCACAUUCUUUGCAUGCAUCAACUAUGCGAGAAUAAGGGGUUCAGCGAUCAGCAGGAGAUGGAACAACUUAGGAAAGUCCUUACAAGUUUGCAGGAGUUUUACGACGACAUGAGGUCGGAGGGCGUUCCUUGUCCGAACGAGGCUGAAUUUAGGGCUUACCAUAUGCUGAGUCAUCUCCGAGACCCAGACAUGAUCCGUCAAGCACAACGACUCCCGAUGCACAUUUUCCGGGACCCUUACAUUCAGGUGGCGGCAGAGAUCCACGCGUUGACAAGGCGCAACAACGACAUCCACCGGCGAGCCAAGAUCCAGUCGGAGGCCUCUCCUAACUUCUUCACUCGGUUUUUCAAGCUUGUGGCAGGUGCGCCGACCACGUAUCUCAUGGCUUGUCUCCUGGAGGUCAAUUUCGUCGAAAUCCGCAAGGGCGCCUUGAAGGCAAUGAACAAGUGCUACCUCGAUCAACACCGCGGUUUCUCGGUGGAAGAUUUAGUGGUCAAUCUGGGGUUUGAUGAUGCCGAGGAGUGCAUUGCCAACUGUGAAGAGUACGACCUGGCGUUGACCCCGGACCGGACCGCAGUCAUCUUUGGAAGGAAAGAUCCGACCACUCGUCGUCGUAUCUUUAAAGAGGGAACGCUGGCGAUGAAGCAACAUCGCAACGAAAGGAUCGUCGAGGCUAAGAGACAGAACUACACGGCCUCUGAAAUCAUUUAUGGCAGGACUCCACCCCCACAGCCGAUCAAUGCUCUCUCGAGAACGCCACAAGCAAUCGCACCUCUCGCCACAAGACCAACUGUCCCCAACCCCUUGCAACGACACACAUCCGCUAGCGCGACAUUACGGCAGAGUGCAUCCGCUUCGGCGCCUACAGGACCUCCAACAGGAGCCAGAUCUUCACCAGCGCCAACAACGACAGUAUCUCAGCCAGCGACGGGUGUAAAACCAAGCGGAAUGUUUGACUUUGGUCUGGGUGGAACAGUAUCACCCCUGCCCAACGGAGUAACCACCUCGACCACUACAAGUCAGGGAUCGCUGUUGCCGUCCGUGUUUUCUACUGCAGCUACGGCUACACUUGGCGCAGGAGCAGCGACCAUACCUCUCUUCACCCAAGGAUUCAGCAAUGCGACAACUUCCUCCUCUGUUGCACCACUAGCUCGUGGACAGCAGUCUGUAACCAGUGCACCAACUAACGUCAGCCAGCCUGCGUCCUUAUUUACAAACCCAGCUGCCGCAGGAAUGAACCCGCCCGGGUUUAGUUUCUUGGCACCUCCAGUCAGCUCGACGACGACCGCUACAACAUCAAGCGCCUUCACGCCAGCCUUAUCAAGCACUCUCUUAUCUACUACAGGAACUCCAGUCCAGUCAUCUCCCUUUGCAUUCAAAACGCCCGAAACCAGAUCCCCAGCAACAGCAAGUCCCUUCAACUUUAAUGCAUCAAGUCAAACACCGGCAUCAAAUGUCGUACCUUCGUCACUAUCUCUCGCCCCGGCCAUGGGUGGUAUUGCUACCAGCACGUCGAAAUCACCUGGUACUAUCAAUAUCCCUCCGAUCCCAUCAGUAACUUCUGUGCAGCCACCGACACCCACACGAUCUUCGCUCUUCACCACACCGCCGCCUCUUUCGCCAUCAUUUGCGCCCAAAUCAGAUGCCACCAGGAUUGUCACAAAACGGGGACGGAUCUACCCACGCUCAGUUGUUGAAUCUAUAGUCAAGGAACUUUUGGACUCGGAAACGGAUCGUCUCAUUCGAAUGACGGCAGCGCAGAUGUCACAGGAGGUGGCGAUCGAGCGAUCUGUUCGUCGGGCAAAGGAGAGACAGGACACUAUUCAACGCGAGUCCAUGCGACUUUUGACAGAAGUAAUGGCUCAAGCUGCUGACGAGACGAUCGAGGAGAUUCUAGCCGAGAUUUAUCGAGAGACAAUAGUUCAGAGACGGGUAGUGGCUCACUGGAGAUCGUUCACAGUCAAGUCUAUUCAACGAGCGGAGGAACUUCGGAGGCGUCAAGAGCACUUUUUGAGCAAUGUUCGGGCUAUGGGCAGUCGUGCAGGACUCACUGAUGCGGAGCCCUGGACGGUCAAGGUUCGGGAUCAGAACUCUGCCAGGCGGCUGCCACGGACCGCCAAGGGCACAAGACAAGCUGCAUCGGAUAUACAGGGCAUCAAGGCCAUGGUGGCCUCCAGCAAGCGCAAGCGACUUUUGAGCAUUGGUCAGGAAGGCAGUCCAGAUCUGGCCCUAGUAGCAGGUCUCAAGAAGGCUGCCGCGCCCAAGCAGGAGAUGUGGGCACCCUUGCCUGUGCUUGAUAUUGUCGAGAACCAGUACAACAAGAGGCCUGCAGCCGUGUCAGGAGAUUCAACGUCAGCGGACCAGGAGCCUCCUCGCAGAUCGGGAGGAUUGACGAAGCGUCGCUGGAGAUUGUUUGUCGGCACCCCAAGCUUCAAGGAGACUACAUCGAAAUGGCUGCUUAGAAAGCUGGGCGUCGACAUGAGCAGAACAACCAAGGCUCAACAACGAUCAGGAACUAUGGUGGCGGAACACCCAGGGCGAACCGACUCUGAGACGGCAAUGGACGUAAUUGUCCACGGAAGCGAGGACGCCUCUGUGAUGGACCUCUUGGGUAUGUCCAAGUACGAAAUUAUGGAGACGGCAGCAUUCAUAUUUGAGUUUAGCAAGAUCCCUUUUGCAGACCAUGAAGCAACAGAGCAAGCCAUUCGUCAAUAUUGGCUGUCGGAACGUGCAAGAUUGGUUCGCUUCCUGUCGUGCUUCCCGAAGGUCAAGCAGCCGAUUGUCUUUAUUCUUUGGACAAGUUCCCCUGAAGUUUGGGAGAGAAUGUCACCUCGGAUGGUGGAGUAUCUUGAACUGGACGCGAUGGUCAAGUCCCCCAAAGCUCCGCUCCUAGGCUACCGGUUCUUAAACAUGGAUAUGUCGACGAUGAAACUGGAUCGUUUUAUGGCUGGAUCACUCGAAUGGCUUGCGGCCGAGACAAAGGAUUACUUCGAGGACCCUGCCGCUAUGUUGUCGACCCUUCUGGACAAGUAUAGACCGAUCUUCGAGUGGGCUCUCUGUCGGAUCUCAUUGGCAGAGGGACCUUGGUACUCGCAGUACGAUGAAGAAGAUGAGGAGGAGACGAACAUGUGGUUGCUGAAGCAGAGACAGCGGAAGAAGCUGCAGGACCAGAAGUUGUUAUUGAAUGGUAUCGGAGGAGGAGGAGGAAGAGGCGCGCAACUAGGAAAUGGAGAUUUAGAAGAUGUUGCGCCACCCAGGAACUUGUUUGUGGAGUCCUUGGAGACUGGGUUCAACUUGGCUGUGCGGUUGUUCAACGCGGAACUGGAGAACAUUGCACAAACUAUUGAGGCCAAGGGGCAAGGUGAAACCCGCGAAGGAGCCGCACAGGAGGGUCGCAUGAAGGAUGCGAUGGCACGGUUUAUUCGUCAAGCCGAGUUGCCCGAGAUGAAGCCUGGAUCGAUUCUUGACAGGAUCCACUUUGGCAUGGACUCCAAGAGUGCGUUCUGCGACUUUAUGGACGUUUACCUCGCUACACUGGGAGGACUCGCCAAGGAACCACAGAAUCAGGAAGCCAAGGCGGCGAUGCGCGCCGAGAUCUGGAAGCUACUCCGAUCCUCUACAGAAGACCGCGUCCCUCUGGAAGCAAUUUUCAAGCGCAUCUCCAGCCAGGUAUUGACAUGGAUAGAGGCAGGCAUUUUGGACACGGAGCGAUUCAGCAUUCGCCUCAAAAAGUGGGAAUCUCUUCGCAACUCUUUGGAACACCAACAGAACCAAUACCGCCAGCAGCAGCAACAGCUGGACAGUGUCGACUGGGAGGAUGACAACGAGAGCGAUCUGGGCAACAACGGACGGGCAGUUCGCCAGCAAGACCAGUCUUCUGACAUGUCAUUUACACCUUUAUUGAUCCAUGACGAGGUGGAUGUCGAUGAAAACGUCUUUGAUUUUGAGACGACGGCACAGAGUGAGGUCCGCAUUUGGGAGAGGGCGGUGGAGAAGCAAGCCCGCGAACGCGAGGAGAGGGCAUUGGCUAUUCCGGUGGAGACCUCAUCACUAGCCGAUCGAGCAGGACUGACAGUACCGUCAGCAAUUGCAGCGAACCGCUUCGGAGACAGUCGCAAGCGACGAGCACCAGAGAGUCCUCGGGAAACACUGAAAAAAUCGAGGAUGCAGGCACGAUCGGCACUGGGGUUGAACAGAGGCGACGACGAGAACUUAUUCAUUACAUCGAACUCUCCCUCUCGCCCCUCCUCGCCCCCUAAUGGUGCCGUCAUCAACGGUGUCGCCAAUGGUGCUUUGAGUGGAACCGCCAGCCCAGGAUUGUCGUCAAGUACAAGCCCAUGGUCCUCGCCUCUGUCUAAGACAGUCUCGCCUCUUUCGGGAGCAUUGACGCCAUUUUCUACUGUACCCUUGUCGACAUCCACUGCCUUUGCGACAGGCAUGACCUCUACUUCCUCGCCGAUUGUCGACCGCUUGGCACGGCUCCGCAACCUAAUCAAGGAAGUCAAGGCGACCACGCACCUGACCCCUCAGCCCUAA